AUGCCAGUUACAGUUUUUUCCCCCUAUGCCAAUCAACUCCCCAUUUCUCUUGUUUUUUCUUUUACGUACAAAAAAUCUCAGUGGCCCAGGGCUGGGCUUCCCUUGAACAGCGUGGUUCGAAUCCUGAAGCUCCAGAAGCGGCCCGAGCUCAACGGUCAGCUGGGCACCGUGGUGGGCUGGGACACCUUUGAAGAUCGAUGUCAGGUUCGUUUGGUCGAUGGGAGCGGUUUGCUUCUGAAGGCCUGCAACAUGGAACUUGUGUCAGGAAACAGAUUUCAGGUGCCGGACAGAGGAGCCUCUAAAACUCCACCCGAUCAGCCACCCACUAGGUCGCCGCCAAAGCCUGACGAGGCGGUCAAGCCGCGUAUCACACCAGAUACCUUGGUGAAAAUCAAGGGCAUCAAGGUUCGGCCCGAGCUCAACGGUCUGCAAGGCGUCGUCACCGCCUGGGAUCCACCUUCAGAAUCCUGGGCUGUUCGAUUGCAUGGGGCUGAAGCCUCUGCACAGAACCUCUUUGGUGUGGUGAAGAACUUUCGGGAGGAACACUUAGAGGUCCCUGCAGGCGAAGCCGAGCCACAGCCCUUUGUGAAGGCUGGGCUUCCGUUGAACAGCGUGGUUCGAAUCCUGAAGCUCCAGAAGCGGCCCGAGCUCAAUGGUCAGCUGGGCACCGUCGUGGGCUGGGACACCGUGGAAGAUCGAUGUCAGGUUCGUUUGGUCGAUGGGAGCGGUUUGCUUCUGAAGGCCUGCAACAUUGAACUUGUGUCGGGAAACGGAUUUCACAUGCCGGACGGAGGAGCCUCUAAAACUUCACCCGAUCGGCCACCCACUGGGUCGCCAAAGCCUGACGAGGCGGUCAAGCCGCCACCCACUGGGUCGCCAAAGCCUGACGAGGCAGUCAAGCCGCGUAUCGCACCAAAUAUCUUGGUGAGAAUCAAGGGCAUCAAGGUUCGGCCCGAGCUCAACGGUCUGCAAGGCGUCGUCACCGCCUGGGAUCCACGUGAAGAAUCCUGGGCUGUUCGAUUGCAUGGGGCUGAAGCUUCUGCACAGAACCUCUUUGGUGUGGUGAAGAACUUUCGGGAGGAAGACUUAGAGGUCCCUGCAGGUGAAGCUGAGCCACAGCCCUUUGUGAAGGCUGGGCUUCCGUUGAACAGCGUGGUUCGAAUCCUGAAGCUCCAGAAGCGGCCCGAGCUCAAUGGUCAGCUGGGCACCGUCGUGGGCUGGGACACCGUGGAAGAUCGAUGUCAGGUUCGUUUGGUCGAUGGGAGCGGUUUGCUUCUGAAGGCCUGCAACAUUGAACUUGUGUCGGGAAAGGGAUUUCACAUGCCGGACGAAGGUGCAACAGAGCCAUCCACUGGGUCGCCAAAGCCUGACGAGGCGGUCAAGCCGUUGAGGCCACCCCCUGGGUUGCCAAAGCCUGACGAGGCGGUCAAGCUGCCACCCCCUGGGUUGCCAAAGCCUGACGAGGCGGUCAAGCUGCCACCCACUGGGUCGCCAAAGCCUGACGAGGCGGUCAAGCUGCCACCCACUGGGUCGCCAAAGCCUGACGAGGCGGUCAAGCCGUUGAGGCCACCCACUGGGUCGCCAAAGCCUGACGAGGCGGUCAAGCCGCCACCCACUGGGUCGCCAAAGCCUGACGAGGCGGUCAAGCCGCCACCCACUGGGUCGCCAAAGCCUGACGAGAACCGCUUUGGGGUGAAGAACUCUCGGGAGGAACACUUCGAGGCCCCUGCAGGUGAAGCCGAGCCACAGCCCUUGUUGAAGGCUGGGCUUCCCUUGAACAGCGUGGUACGACUCCUGGGCCUCCAGAAGCGGCCCGAGCUCAACGGUCAGCUGGGCACCGUGGUGGGCUGGGACACCGUGGAAGAUCGAUGUCAGGUUCGUUUGGGCGAUGGGAGUGGUUUGCUUCUGAAGGCCUGUAACAUGGAACCUGUGCCGAAGGAUGCCUGGCGGAGGACAUGGGAGAGUUGA